AUGAGUUCAAGAACAAGUCGUAUAAUGCAGGCUGCCUUGUGCAGUGAUCGAAAUGAACAAAACAAAGAAGUAGAAAAUGAUUGCUUGGAAAAAAUUCAUCUUCGGAAGAAACCAGAAGAGCAGUUAUCAUCUCCUUAUAAAAAAGAGACAGGUCCUAAUGUAGAAAAUCUUAAUAAUAGUGAUUCAGACAUGACGAAAGAUCUUGUGGGAAGUGAAUCCCUAUGCUUUAACGAAAUAGAAAAUGACUGCAGGGAAGAAAUUCCAUUUCUAGAUAAACAAGUAGAGUCAUCAUCAUCGUUUCCUUACUCAAGCAAAAAGGAUAUAGAUCCUGCGUCAAAUGCUACUAAUAGUGAUUCUGACAAGUAUUUAGUGAACAGCGAACACGUGAAAGAAAAUGAAGAAGGCUUAGUAUUUGAAAAUCUUCAAAACGUCAAUGAUUCCGAUGUCGCCGAACAAAAUAUAGAAUCGUUCCAUACAAAUACCCAACAAAAUGUAACUACCCAUACCCAUACUGAAGAUUUAAACUCACGAUGUUUUGACCUGGAAGAUUGUAAUAGUGAUGAUAGUAUUAAAGAUCCAGAUUAUGAUUCUGAUUCAUCUUCGGCAAGCAGUUCGUCAUCUUCACUGAAUAGCUCCUCAUCAAAUAGCUCACCGAGGUGUACAGAUUCUGCAGCCAAUUCAACUUCACGUCGAUUAAAAUUGGCAGAAGAAUAUUCUGCUUCAGUAAUUGAGUCAGAAUAUAACAGCGGACAAUCAAAAGACGUUGAAGAAAAAAAGGCAAAAAAAGGCUUCGUAAAGAAACAGAGUGGAUAA